CCAUUUUUGAUGAGAGUGAUGUGAUAGAGCUGGAAAUUUGUGAUCUACCCGGCGAAACUCAAAAGAUACCACAGUCAGGGGCUAGAGGAUUCCCAGAUAUAGUUGUCACAGCACUUCUUCCCUCAUAAGGCUCAAGUACCAUGAUUCUGGGUAUCAUGCCAACUCCCAAGAGACUGAGGGAUCUCAUUCGUGAGAUACGCUCAGCCCGCACUGCUGCAGACGAGCGAGGCGUGGUCCAGAAGGAAUGCGCGGCCAUCCGAGAUUCAUUCAGAGAUGAAGACAACACAUAUCGGUGUCGUAAUGUGGCCAAAUUACUCUACAUUCACAUGCUAGGCUAUCCUGCUCAUUUUGGACAGCUGGAGUGCCUGAAGUUAAUUGCCUCUCCUCGCUUCACGGACAAGAGAAUUGGUUACCUUGGUGCCAUGUUGUUGCUGGACGAGAGACAAGAUGUCCACUUGUUGGUUACAAAUUCCCUCAAGAAUGACCUAACUCAUCAAACCCAGUAUAUCCAGAGCUUGGCACUCUGUACUCUAGGAUCUAUCUGUUCAGUGGAAAUGAGCAGGGAUUUAGCCGGAGAGGUGGAAAAACUUAUAAAGUCCUCAAAUGCCUAUAUCAAGAAAAAGUCUGCUUUGGCAGCCUUCAGAAUAAUCCGCAAAGUCCCCGACCUGAUGGAGAUGUACAUCCCAGCCACCAGGACACUGCUCAAUGAGAAAAACCACGGUGUGCUACUCACAGCUGUUUGCCUGAUCAUUGAAAUGUGCGAGAAAAGUCCAGACACCCUGAGCCAUUUCAAAAAGGAGCACUCUAAAACGCUCGUUCCUCAGUUGGUGCGUAUUUUAAAGAAUUUGAUAAUGGCUGGAUAUUCCCCUGAACAUGAUGUCUCUGGAGUCAGUGACCCUUUUUUGCAGGUGAAGAUUCUACGCCUGUUGAGACUACUAGGUAAACAUGAUGCAGAAGCUAGUGAAACAAUGAACGACAUUUUAGCACAGGUAGCCACAAACACUGAUACUAGUAAAAACGUGGGACAUGCAAUUUUGUAUGAGAUAGUGCUAACUAUAAUGGGUAUCCAGUCAGAGGUUGGAUUAAGGGUUCUUGCUGUGAAUAUAUUGGGAAGAUUUUUGUUGAACAAUGACAAAAACAUCAGAUAUGUAGCUUUGAACACUUUAUUAAGGGUGGUAUCAGCAGAUCAUAAUGCUGUCCAACGACACAGGAGUACAAUUGUUGACUGCUUGAAGGAUCCAGAUAUUUCAAUACGAAAGCGUGCCAUGGAGCUGUGUUUUGCUCUGGUGAACGGAAACAAUGUUCGAGGCAUGAUGAAAGAGCUUCUACACUUUCUUGAGACGUGUGACCCUGAGUUCAAGGCUGAUUGCUGCUCCAACAUUGUAAUGGCCGCUGAUAGAUUUUCCCCUACAAAGAGAUGGCACAUAGACACUGUGAUCAAGGUGUUAACCACAGCAGGAAAUUACGUUCGUGGAGACAUAGUUUCAAACUUAAUCCAGUUGAUUGCGGAGACAAAGUCCCUGCAUGCAUACACAUCCCAGCAGAUAUUCCAUGUGACAGAGGCAGACAUGAUGCAGCAGCCACUAACCCAGGUGGCCUCCUGGUGUAUCGGCGAGUAUGGAGACUUGCUGGUCUCUGGUCAGUGCGAGGAGGACGAACCCAUUGAGGUCACAGAAGAUGAUGCCAUUACUCUACUAGAAAAAGUGCUAGCUAACAACAAUUCCUUGGUGGUUACAAAAGAAUAUGCUAUUACAGCCUUGAUGAAACUCAGUUCUCGUUUCACACGCACUCAGGAUCGGAUAAAGAAAGUCAUUGCUGUGUACGGUCAUCAUGUUGAUGUGGAAUUACAGCAGCGCGCUGUCGAGUACACGGCACUCUUCCAUAAAUAUGAUGGCAUGAGGUCUGCCUUGUUAGAGCACAUGCCUCUGAUUGAGAACCGCAGUAAGAACGUGUUCUCUAACGGAGAUGCUGGAAGCUUGGAGGAGGAUCUGAUUGAAGGAGAUGAGGAGACGGAAAGCAGAAAUGUUCAGAAUACGCAACAGACAGAGAGUCAGAGUAUUUUAGAUUUAAUAGGCGACACUAAUUCAACGCCAGUUAUUCCCACAAGUCAACCAAUCAAGUCUGGGAGUGGGGCUGCAGAUUUGCUUGAUCUCCUGGGGGAUGUCAGUACAACUAAUACAGUGAACACGCCUUCACCAGUGAACAAUUUGAUGGGUGGACUCAUCCCAGCUACGCAACCAGCAUUUAAUCAACUAAAUGGAGGCACCACUAACAACAUGUCCUUGACUGCCUUCAACAAGAAUGGGGUGCUGGUAGAGUUUAACUGUGAACGUAUCGAUAACGGAGUUACUGCCAUCAACAUGUCCGCCUCAAACUCCUCCUCCUCUCCAAUAUCAGACUUUGUAUUCCAGGCUGCCGUGCCUAAGUCAUUCCAACUGGUUCUUCAGUCCCCAUCAGGAAACAUGUUACCUGCUAAUAACAUGGGCAGUGUCACACAGGCUAUUAGACUGGAAAACCCACAGAAGCAACCAAUUCGUAUGAGGAUACGAAUGAGUUACAAACAGAACCAAAACACCAUUACAGAACAGGGAGAAGUUAAUAAUUUCCCAUCAACAUUGUGGCAGUAAAGACUUCAAGAGUACUAUUUUGCCAACAGUCCAGGGCGUUGAAAUAUUGCAGACUAACGCACUGUACGAUAUCAGAGGACGGGGAACAUUGAAGAAAGUAUUCAAGGGAGAUCAUUGUUGAGUGGAACGGAAAUCUGCAUGAUGGACAGACCAAUGGUGUUGUCAUUAAUUUAUAUAAUGGAAAAAAAAAAAAGAGUUCUAUUCUGAAGUGUGUGUAUAUAUGAGAAUGUACAGUUCAACCGAAGUGUUGAUGUUAAAUAAUGGAAGUAUGUGUAUAUUUGAUGGGUGCAUGCAUCAGUGGCUUCGCAUAAAGGUAGGAACAGUGAUGUGUGGAGCGGCCGUUGAUUCAAACCUGACCAUGUGAACCAGCAGGAUUGGCAUUGGGAAUGCUGUCUUUGUGCAGUUCUUGAUAUAGUGGCUGUGAAGGAAGGAGACUGAGAGUUAUUGAUUUCCCCACACUGCAUGUAGAUUUUUACAUGCUAAACUUGGACGAACAGUCUGAUACAGAAUCAAAAUAAUCAGCAAGUCGUUCAUUAAUAAAUCAAUUCCCAACACUGCAGAUUUACCAUGCCGACGUUGUUGAUGGUAUGUUUCCUGCUCUUCCUAUGCCAAACUUUCCUACAGUUGCAUAGAAGAAGUUGUCCCGUUGCUCAGUAUGUUUUCUUUGUACUCAUUGGACAUUCAUCACAGAAAGAACAAAAGUUUGCGGUUAUUGCACUAGCUAUGAUCAUAAUUGUGUAUAAACUGUGUGGUCACCGGGCAUUUGAGUACAGGUUUUGUGUAGUUCUGUGUUACAGUGCUAAGUUGGCUAUACAACCAAUACAGUGCAUGUUACCUGUAAAUCCACGUGAUGAUCCCAAACACAGCAUUGCGACAUUUAUAUAAACCUACGUGUAUAUCCAUUCCUCUUAUUGACCCAAAUUGAUUGUUUCAAGCAAGCUUACCCCUUUUUGUUGGGAUAUUUAUACAGAUAUUGUUCAAGCACAAAGUGGCAUUAGUUUUAUAUAAAAUUAAUGUGUUAAAAAAAUUUGUUUUUUUUUUUAAAUGUGUGCAUGUGUAAGGACAACAAAAAAAUGGUUGAAAAAACAAGCUACAUGUAGGCUAUGAUGAAUACCUCAUAGCAUUGGCACAGUCCAUACGUAUACUGCCAUGGAUGAAGCCAGUGGUUUCACGUCAUUGUUAAGGGUAUUACAGGCUUCAAGAUACCGCUUUAAGCCAUGUUCUGGUGUAACUUCACGUUAGUCUCGGCACCAUGUUAAACAAGAUUUUUGAUAAUCCAAUGCUGGUUUAACUUCCCUUCAGUACAGGCAUGAAUAAUCUGCCUCGUUAAAUCAUGUUUCAAAAAUAUGGAAGCUGAAGGUUUUAUUGAUACUGUUCAGUGUAUGCUUUUGUAUUGCUUCUAAGCCCUACACCCCACACAAAAACGCAUCGUAGAGAAGGUGCUUGAUGAACAGAAUUUUUACCUCAGUCAUAAGCAUGAAGAAAUUAGGGGUGUGGGUGAUGGUGUGUCGAACACCUAUGAAAAAAUUUGAUUACAUACAUGUAUUAUAUUAUUCGGGGAGAAAUCCUUAUCACUGAUAAUACAGGAUGUCUGUUAAGUAAAAUAUGAUAUUCACUGUACGUGUGUUUAUAUCCUUCCACUUUGUCAACAUCAAUGAACACGUGUAACUGUAACUAUCUAAAGCGGCACAACAUGUGCCAAAGAAUAUGAGGGUUAAUUUUGUGAAAUAUAUCUGCCCGUGAUAUGGUGCGAAUACCAUGUUGAUCCUACCAUUGUGGUGUCUAUGAAUACCAUGGUGUAUUUAAGUUACCACUAGGGGGAGAAGUAAUAAUUAUUCCGUAUUGUUACAUGUUGCUAUUAUUUUCUGAUUGUGAAUGAUUUUCACGCAAGCUGUGAUAGAUCUGCCAGCCAGCCAGUCACGUCCAACUGUUGGAGCUGCUAUCUCUUAUCCUUUGGUGAAACAAAGUGGUGAUGCAAAUUUGCUUUGGUAGUAAGAGAUUCGUCUGUACUACUGUACAUGUACAUAGGUGGUGUGACUGCACACUGCCUACAUUUGGAAGUGCAUAAUUUAUACCUGAUCAAAAACUAUACAAAUGCGGGGUGUGCCUUUACAUGUACUGCAUUAUACACUGUGACAGUGGCAGAGUCACAUCCCAAAAGACUGUUCAGUGUAGUACAACAGCUGUGAGCGCAUACAGUAUGUAAAACCUGUAAAGAUUAACGAACACUGCAAGGGAAGCAACUCUAGGUGUAUAUAACUAUUGUGUAUAGCAGAGUAUCUUGCCUCUGAACUCGAUUGCUUCAAAAAUCAUAGUUAUGAAGAGCCGACUUUGCUAUGUGUAUAGUUGUGUAUUUAAUAGCUGUCCUUGAUCUGUUUUAACAAAGUUUGGCUUGAAGGUUAGGGAGUACAAUCAUUAAAGGUCUAUUAAGGAUAAUCUAUGUUGUUUAUUGUAAGAGAAAUUAUGACAAUAAAUCUAAUUAUGUGUAA